AUUAAACCCGCAAAGGAAAAGAAACCGGGGCCACGGAGGAGAAAUACCGGCGGUGUUUGCGGCUGUAGCGGCGCCGGAGCUUCGGGGAGGCAACAUGGGCGACCAGAAGGAGUCUCUGCGUAAGAUCACCCACACGCUGGCCAUGAAGAACGAGGAGAUUUCCAACUUCAUCUGCACCCUCAAGCAGAGCCUCGACAACUUGGAGGCGAACUCCAGCCGAGUGCAGGAGGACCUGGAGUCGGAGUUCACCUCCCUGCACUCCAUUCUGGACGAGAUGAAGGAAACCAUGGUGACGCGCAUCAAACAGGAGAGAGCUAGUCGCACAUAUGAGCUGCAGAGUCAGCUGAGCGCUUGUUCUAAAGCCCUGGAGAGCUCCGAGGAGCUGCUGGAACUGGCCAAUCAGACGAUGUGCUCCUCGGAGACGGACGGGUUCACUCAGGCGGCCAAAGACAUUAAGGAUAGCGUGACAAUGGCUCCAGCCUUUCGCCUCUCCCUGAAGGCUAAAGCCAGUGACAACAUGAGUCACUUGAUGGUGGAUUUCAGCCAGGAGAGGGAGAUGCUGCAGGCUCUCAAGUUUCUCCCAGUUCCUGCCACUCCAGAGAUCCAGGCGUCGGAGUGCCAGGUGUGCGACAACACAGUGACUGUAGUUUGGACCUUGCCAGAGCCUGACAGCAAGAUAGAUCACUACAUACUGGAACAUCGACGCACGAAUCACGAGGGUCCGCCGCGAAUCAGGGAGGAUUAUCCCUGGAUGGUGGUGGAGGGGAUAAAAGAGAUGGAGCACACACUCACAGGUCUGCGUUUUGACACUCGCUACAUGACAUUCAGGGUGAGAGCGUGCAACAAGGCGGUGGCCGGAGAGUUCUCUGAAGUGGUUACACUAGAAACCCAUGCUUUCACCUUCAAACUGGACUCGGCUUCGGCCCACCAGAACCUGAAGGUGGAGGACUUGAGUGUGGAGUGGGACAGCAGUGGAGGGAAGAUACAGGACAUCCGCAAAGAGAAGAAUCGAACCAACUCCCCAAUGCACUCCCCAGCCAGGUCAGCCCUGAUGUCUCCUAAGAGAGCACCAACAGCGCGACCCGGCAGAGACAGGUUUACAGCAGAGUCCUACACGGUGCUGGCCGACACUAUGAUCGACGCCGGCCAGCAGUACUGGGAGGUGAAGUUCGACAAAGAGAGCAAAGCCUUCGCUGUGGGCGUCGCGCUGCGGAGCCUCGGCAGAUUUGACCAGUUGGGGAAAAGCGGCGCGUCCUGGUGCAUCCAUCUGAACAACUGGCUGCAGCAGAGCCUCACAGCCAAACACAACAACAAGGCUCGAACGCUUGACUGUGCGAUCCCAAACAGCAUAGGAGUCUAUGUGAACUACGAUGAAGGCACACUGUCUUUUUACAACGCCAAAACUAAGCAGCUGAUGCACACCUUCAAAACAAAGUUCCAGCAGCCACUUAUCCCAGCUUUCAUGGUGUGGAACGGAAGUUUCUCGGUGGUGACAGGUCUGCAGGUCCCCAGCGUGGUGCAAAGCGGCCAGAGGAAGAACAGUGGCACCAGCAGCUCCAACGCCAGCCUCACCUAAACCCACCCAGCCACCCAUUCAUCCAUCCAGCCGGCUGGACGCCUCCCGGCUCCGGCCGCCUCGGUCACGGCUGCAGAUCACCUCCUCUGGCCUGACUGCGGUCGAAGCCAUAUCAUGGAAGAGUUACAUCACUGGAGUACGAUGGUUUAGCCUGUUCCACAUGCACUGUCGGUGUUGCAUGAAAUGAUUUUGGGGAACAACUGAGUCAUCUGCUCCCUCGGUGACAGAAUUCUUCUGACUCUGGCUGUUGUGAUUGCUUGGGACACGUUAGGUGUAGUCUUACUAGUUCUCUUCUCUCUGCACAUUCAUUUAGCACUGUCCCACUGCUGCUAGAGCAAUGUUUUAGCGCUGGCCGCUGCUCUUCCUUCCUCUCCAUCACCAGGACUGUCGGUCGUACUUUCAUGCAGCCAGCUGCAGGUUCAGGGUUAAGCUCUGGCCUGUCUGCUCUCUCCCUGUGCCUUCCUUCUCAUUUCCAAACUGAUAGGCCAAAUCGAGCGAUCUGUAACUACACGCUAAUAUUUCACUACAAGAAACGAUUUCAAACCAUGCGUUGUGUCAGUAGAACUUGGUUGUAACGUGACUUUAUAGGUAUCGCCACCUGAAUUUGCCAACUGAUAUAAUUACACCCGCUCCUAGACGAUGCUACUGAAUAGAAUGCACUUCAUUACUAAAUCAGGAUUUACUUGACUUUGCCAGCAACUAAUGCCUCAUAAGAAACACACACUAGGUAUUUGACUAUUAGGUAUUUGAUUUGGCAUGCAGAUUUAACAGUGUUCGCUGCAUUUCACUUUGUAGUCCGGACCAACACUUUGCGUGCAAGAAACUGGGUCCUUUAGCCUCCAGCUGAGGUUUUGUUAGUUUUAAAUUAGAGCCAGUAUUGACGGUGGGGUGGGGGAGUCUGACAAUCAGACUCUGCACAGAAAGUUAGAGGGAGUUUUCCUCAUUUGAACUCCUUGUAGUGAAGUUCUAAAGCGUUCAGAUGUGGCUUCAGGGUUUUGGAAAUGACUGUACUGUAUUCUCUGUUUACCCGACUGCACCCUUAUGCUUGUAUGUGUCUAUAUCUAAUAACUCCAUUUUAUUUGCAGCACAGAGAUCCAAUAAUGAGUAGCUGUCUGUAGUCCAAAUAUAACAAAUAGGUAGCCAGUAGCGCCAGCUAACAAACUGUAUUAUGAGAGUUAGCGAAGGUUUGGAGUCCACCUGAGUGAGAAAGAAAGUGAUAAACUCUGGAAACUUAUACUACGAAGUCCUUAUUUGUGCACCGCCCGACCUCGUCAUACGUUACACAUGGUCCUGCUUUGCCAUGUUCCUCCCUCUGUAUGCGUCUCCUGAAUAACUGUAGCCUGCAAUGCUUUAAAGAGGAUUAUGUUCACUUUAUUUCACAUGCUGACAGAAACGUCACAGUUUUAUUGUAAAUAGUUUAAUUUUUUCCACUAUAAUGUAUCAGUCAUUGAGGUAAUAAAGGAGUGAGAGCA